AGAUCUCGCAAAAGUAUUGCGAGAUCUCGCAAACGUUUUGCGAGAUCUCGCAAAGUAAAACAGAUGUCCUGAUUCACACUCCUUGCUGGUUAGUGGCGGUAUUGCACCACAUAGUUGUUUGCCAACCGCCAUUAAAUAGAAGAAGAAGAAGAAGAAGUAAACAGACACAAAACAAUGGAGGCGCAAACAGAUCAUCCAUGGGAGAAGUUUAUUCAUUUCUAUUUUAGUAUUGGCCUGACAUAUAAAGACAUCAAAUCCGUACUUGGAUGUAGACAUGGAUUCGACAUUAGUGAGAGACAUUUGAAAAGAUUACUCAGGGCGAGGGGACUUUCUCGUCGUAAAGAAUACAGUGAUCUUGCGGUCCUGGUGGAAUUCAUCAGUAACGAGCUACAGUUCUCUGGUCAGCUUCAUGGGUACCGGUGGAUGUACGCAAAGUGCAGAGAGCAUGGACUACUCGUUAAGAAGGAGGAUGUGAGGUUGGUGCUGAAGGAGCUAGAUCCUAGAGGAGUUUCUUUAAGGCAAGCAAGACGCCUAAGACGACGGAGCUACUUUUCGAGAGGGCCUAACUUCAUUUGGCACAUGGACAGCUAUGACAAGCUGAAGCCAUAUGGCUUUUGUAUCAACGGAAGCAUUGACGGUUUUUCGAGAAAAAUCAUCUGGCUUAAUGUCUAUACCACGAGUAGUGACCCCAAGUUGAUUGGGGGUUAUUACGUUGAUGCAGUCCAACGUUUAGGGGGCUGCCCUAGGAUUGUGAGAGGCGAUUUAGGGACUGAAAACGGCCAUGUUAGAGGCUUUCAGCGGUUCCUCGUCCCGUUUCAUCCAGACGGCACUGUUGAUAGCUACCUGGAGGGAGCAAGCACCGCCAAUCAGAGGAUCGGGUGUUGGUGGGGUUUUCUGCGAAACCAGUGCGUGGAGUUCUGGAUAUCCUUGUUUGCAGACAUCAGAGACACUGGAUAUUUUGACGGCGGGUUUCUGGACAAGGCUAUCCUUCAGUUUUGUUGCAUGGGACUGAUCCAGGAUGAACUGGAGGACACUGUCCAAGUUUGGAAUGCACACACCAUCAGACCAUCGAAAAACAUCAGUGUCCCCAGUGGUAGACCGAAUGUGAUGUAUGCCUUGCCUCAACUCUAUGGGACCAGAGACUUUCUAUCCCUUGUUGAAGAUGAACAUAUUCAGUUGUGCAAAGACGAAUGUGUUUUUCGGCAGCUGAUACCAUGUGAUCCAGAUGUGUAUGGACUAUGCAACAUCUUAAUGUCGGAGUCACAUCUGACUCUACCAAGAGAUCCUUAUCAGGCUGUGAACCUGUACAGGCACCAAAGAGAGGCCAUCACUGCAGCUAUUUAAGUCAGGAAUAUUUAAAAUGCCCUGUAGGGGAACAAUUAUUCCCAAACCAUUUUAAUAGCUGAUUAUUCAUUUAAAUUAUUUUUUGUUAACAUUUCACAAAAUGUUUUCUAUGUCUUAGAUGUAAAUAACCAUCAGUAUCAGCCUGUGUGCAGUGACAAAUUAAUAGUGAAGAUACAGUAUCUGUGAAUAAAGCCACACAUUUUAAUGUUAGUGUAGCGGAAUUCUUUUUUAAUUUUUCUGUAUGUAAAACAUUUACAAACAUUUGAAACCCUGAGGUAAUGUAAACUUUGCCAAAUCUGACUAGUUUGUCAAUAAAAAAAAGUUAUACAAACAUUCA